AUGGGCCAGGAUCAUUUUAAGACGUGUCAGGGUUUGAAGGCGGAUGAAAGCCUGAGUACCUGGAAAAACCCAACGGCCUACGAAUGCCUCAUUCAACAUGCCUUUGAUGUCGUUCCUCACAACAGCUUGAACAGGAAACUGUUCAAUUCAGGAGUGAACGGCGCUUUGUGGCUCUUGAUAAGAGAUCUGCAUCAAGAAGCCACCUCAUGCAUUAAACGGGAUGGUGUUACCUCUAACCCGUUCUCAGUCCUCCAAGGUGUAAGGCAAGGGGGAGUACUCAGUACGGAACUUUAUAAGACCUUCAUAAAUGAUCUCCUUGAAAGGCUAAACAUCUCAGGACUAGGAACCAAGGUAGGAUAUCUCAGAAUACCUGCGCCCACUUGUGCAGAUGAUGUGGCCCUCAUCGCAGAAUCAAAAGAGGAACUAGCAAUACUCAUCAACAUGGCAGUUGACUACAGCAAUAGGGAGCACUACGUACUUCAGCCAACAAAAAGCGUAGUGAUGCAGGUUGCCAGCUCGAACAGAAAAUAA